AUGUUUGAGAAAUCUGAAAGUUAUUUCAAUCUUUCACAAGAAGAAAAAUUAAAAUACAAUAUGAAAGAUUUCAAAGGAUAUAGUUCUAUAUAUAAAGAGAAACUUGACACAAAGAAACAAUAUAAUGGAGAUUUUAAAGAUCAAGAACUUCCACAAUUAUUUAAAGAUAGCAUCAUAAUUUUGGAAUCAUUUUCAAAGAUUUUACAAUCCUUUGCAAUAGCUUUAAAAAUUCCUCAAAAUUCUGGAGGAAAAUAUUGGUUUGAGAAUAGGCAUAGAUAUGAAGCAGAAUCUGGUGAUACACUUCGAAUUCUUCAUUAUCCAAUUAUAAUAAAUAAUGAAAAUGAUAUAAAUAAAGGGAAGGAGGAAGAGGAGGAGAUUAUUAGAGCUGGUAGUCACUCAGAUUAUGGAUCAUUAACUAUUUUAUUUCAAAAAGAUAUUGGUGGAUUAGAAAUUUUAUCUAAUUAUAAUAAUUCAACACCACAAUGGAUUUCAGCUCCAGUUAUUUCGAAUUGUUUAUUAAUUAAUAUUGCAGAUUUACUUGAAUUUUGGAGUAAAGGAUUGUUUAAAUCAACCAUACAUCGAGUGGUAUUUCGAACUAAUGGUAUUAGUUUAGAUCCAAUUCCAAGUCAAAUUAUUGAUGAAUUUGAAGAAGAUAUCAGAAUUUGGAAUAAAAUAGGAGAAGAGAGUUAUGGAAAGAAGACUAGAACGAAAAUGACAGCAGGAGAUCAUUUGAAGUAUAAAUUGGAAGUCAGUUAUAAAAAUGGAUAA